GCUGGGGCCGGGGAUAUAGGCGCCCCCGCCCGGGCUCGGCGCCGUGCCGCCGCCCCUCCUCGCUUGCUUGCCGCGCGCGCGAUGGCCCCGCUCCGGGCAGAGAGCGCCGCCGGCGGCCCGUGGAUCCCGGCGACCCGCGCGGGGCGACCCUCCGCGCUCCGCUUCCUCCUCCUGCUGGGCGCUAUCCUGAAGCCCCAGGAUUCCGUGGCUCAGCUUCUUACCACCCCAGGCAGCUUGGAGUCAGAAGUGCCCACAGAGAAAACGAUGGAAGCGUACAUUGAGAAUAUUGUACUUUGCUGGCAACUCUAUAAGAAUUAUAUGGACUCUAUCAAAGGAGACUGGUGCGACUGGGCCAUAAUUAGCAGGCCUUAUAGCGACCUGCAAAAUUGCUUGGAACAGAAUGCGGACCACUUUGGCCUGGGCUUCCCCAAUCCCAUAGCAGAACAGUACAUCUUUGAGACUCACCAGAUCCACUUUGCCAACUGUUCCUUGGUGCAGCCCACCUUCUCAGACCCCCCAGAGGAUGUGCUUCUGGCCAUGAUCAUAGCCCCCAUCUGCCUCAUCCCGUUCCUGGUCACCCUUGUGGUGUGGAGGAGUAAAGACAGUGAAGCCCAGACCUAAGGUGGCAUGAGUUUCUCAGCAGCCACCUUACUCCUUUCCCCGCCGCCACCAGGUCUCUCGCGCGGUCUCCCCACCUCCUUCUCUCCCUCUCCCCCCAUACUGAGCCUUAGAUUGGUGGACGCGGAGCUGGGUGGGGUCACGGCACAAGUUCUGUAAUCUUCAAAAUAAAAGGUUCCUUUUGUACACU